AGAUAAUAAAAGAAUAUGCUCACAGUAUGAUCUGCUUGUCGUACAAGGCGACUAAAAGAUCUUUGGUAUAAAGAAAAAAAACUCUCAAUUGAAAAAAUCAAUUAUCAAUUAGUGAGUAAUUUUUAAUAGUUUUCUUUUUUGUAGGAAAUUGUAAUUAAAGUUUAAUUUAAAAAUAUAAAAUAAAUAAUAUAAAAACAAUAUAAACAAUGUCACCUAUUGAUACUUUAACUUGGGAGGAAUUUUUGAAGGAAUCCUUAGAGUUUUUGGAGAUUUCAAAGCAAUUGGAUGAUACUUGGUGCUGGGAAGUUAAGAAUGCAGAAGUUGAAGGUCAAUCUUUUCUUAAAUAUAUUAAAAAACUUACACAUCCCUUAAACCAGGAAUUAAUACAAAUCGAAUAUCAUAUAGUCUAUUCGAUAUCCUAUCAAGUGCCCGUAUUGUAUUUGCAAGCGUAUGCGAAUGAUGGUAAACCUUUGUCUUUGGAACACCUGUGGACGAUAUUUCAACAUAAUCAAGAAUCCAAAUACUCCCGUGAAGAUAUGCUGUCCAUUUUAACGCAAAUGGAUCAUCCUAUAUAUUUUAGACCUUUUAUAUGUUUACAUCCUUGUCGUACUUCAGAGAUUUUGGCAGCUACUCCAAAGAGUUCUAAUCGUGUUUUAACUUUUAUAAGUGUUAUGGGUCCUUAUUUGCAAUUAAAUUUGGAUAAUAGAUAUGGUUUACACUAUCAAGAUAAAAUAGCUGAGAAAUAAAAUGUAACGUUUCUAUAUAGAUAUGUACAUAUAUCAGAGAAA